UAUGGAGUUCACCGAGAUCCCAAUUUUUGGUCAAAUCCAGAGGUAUUUGAUGCGGACAGAUUUUUGCCCGAGAAAAUAUGGAAUCGUCAUCUUUAUUCCUAUCUACCAUUCAGCGCAGGAUCGAGGAAUAUAGGUCAACGAUUCGCUCUGCUGGAGUUAAAAGCUAUGAUGGCUUCUUUAGUGCACAAUUUUUACUUGGAGCCCGUAGAUUGUUUAAAGCAUAUCCGAUUGAAGACCGAUAUCGUAAUUCGUUUGUCUCAUCCAGUUUACAUAAAAUUUAUCCCAAUCAGCCGCAAAUAAUCGUUCAGAACUAACAUAGAUAUCGCAUGA